AUGUACACCCUUGUGCUCGUGGGCAGCUUCGUGCUCCGCACCGCACGCCGCCUGUUCUGGUACCUGCUGGCAUGCGCCAUCGGCGUGGUCCUGGUGCGGUGGCUGCAAAGCAUCGAGGGCAUUGGCAUGAUGUGGGUCUUCCUCAGCGCGAUUAUGGCUGCCUCCAUGAUCGAGGACGAGGUGGUGAAGAGCAAGGGCCUGACGCUGAUGGACGUGGAGGCCACGCGGCGGCUGCGCAGCCGCCUGCGCACACCCGAGGCGCAGGGCAAGGCGGAGCGGCUGAUGGACAUUGUGGGCACCAUCUCGCACGGGCGCGGCGCCACGCUGGGCGCGCGCCAGCUGUGGGCGCGCAUGAGCGGCACCAUGCGCCGCCUGCGCCGAUCGCUGCACUCGCUGCUGCAGCAGGCAAGGCGGCGGGGCGGGCUCGCGGGCGGGGCUGGGGCAGCUGGCGCAGCUGAGGCCGACGAGCUGAACUACAUCCUGUGCACCAUCAACGCCCCUGCCAUGGUGGAGGUCUGCUCCCGUGCUACCCUGGAGCUGCUGACGCGGGAGCGGCUGCCGGAGCUGACCACAGAGACCAGGCACGGGCGCGGCAUGCAGGCACACACUUGCAGGCUCACACAUACAGUGCUCGCCUCUCAGGCAUACAUACAGUCUGUGCUGGUGGACUCGCUGCAGAAGGUGGGCAUGCGGUACCGCCCGCAGCGCCAGCUGUGGGCCGCCGCCGUGCUGCUCAACACGCGCGGGCUGGAGCUGACGCUGCUGAAGAACUACCUGGACGACGGCGGCGACUACCACACCUGCUACAAGCUGUGCUACCACGACCUGCAGGUGGGUGGGAGGGAGGGAGGGAAGUGCUACUACCCGGGAGCGCUGGCGCUGUACGCCGAGCUGGACCGCUGCUUUGCGCGGCGAUACCAGGCGGCGCUGCACCGCCUGCGCAUGCAGCAGCGACGGCACCCCGUGGUGCUGCCCGGCGCGCCGCUGGGCACGCUGGGCACGGCGGCCACGGUGCCCACCAGCGGGGAUGCCAGCGGAUGCGAGGACGACCCGGCCGGCGGGUCGCCGCGGGCGCAGGAUGCGGAUGCCACGCCGCCGCCGGAGCCCUCCUCGGAGCCCACCUUCUCGUGGGGGCGCUCGUUUGGGCGCACCGAGAGCAGCAGCGGGGCUGCGGCAGCCGCGGCGGCCGCCGCAGAGCAGGCCGCAGCCGCGGCCGCUGCCCCAGGCCAGGCAGGAGCAGCAGGGGGAGGCUCGGCGCCAGACCUGGCGAUGGCUGCGUCCAUCGGCGCCCGACCCACGCCCCCCAUCCCCGUGCCCGUGCUGCGGCACAACAGCAGCGGCGGCGGCGGCGGCGGCGGAGGCAGCCUUGGGCGGCCGCCACGCUCGCCGCGGCCGGGGCCCGCGCCGCCGCGGCGGGCGGCUGUGCUGGGCAUGUCGCCGCAGAGCUCCCGCCAGCUGCCCGCGGGCGAGCCGCUGCUGUCUCCCAGCGGCAUGUCGCCGCAGAGCAGCAGCGGCGCGCUGCUGGGGCCGGACGAUGGCGGCAGCAGCCUGGCGGGCAGCACCUGGGGCGCCAGCAGCCUGCAGACGCAGGCGCCUCGCGGCGCCAGCGGCACCGCGGAACUGGCCGACACGCUGACCUCCCGCCUGCGCCCGCUGGUCACCAGCGCCAGCGGCGGCGGCCCGCUGUCGCGUCACGCCUUCACCCAGCAGCGCAGCCUCAGCGGCGGCAGCGAGGGGCUGGUCGGGCCGCAGCCGCAGCCGCCGUUUGCGUCGGUGCAGCCGCACCAGGAGGGCAGCAACCUGGUCUUCCUGUCGGCCCGCCCCGAGUCCUACAAGGCAAGGCGCAAGCGGGGCAUGACUGAGAGCGAGGCGUACCGCAAGUACUUCCAGCCCUUUGUGCAGCGCGGCGACCUGGACACCAGCCCCACCAUGCUGCUGGGAGCCAUGGCCUCGGGCCCAAAGGCGCUGCUGCAGUGGCUGGGCGUGGUCACCUGGUUCCCGGCGCUGGCGCCCCCAGAGGACAACAAGACCGCGGUGGCAGCGCUGUACCAGCAGCUGGCGGCCAAGAAGCUGAGCCGGUUCCGCGAGUACGCCGCCAUCUACCCCGAGGCCUGCUUCGUGCUCAUCGGCGACAACGGCCAGGGCGACCUGCUGUGCGCCGAGAUCCUUUGGUCCUCCAUGCGCCAGAACCUGCCCCCCGGCCAGCGCAGCCGCCUGCUGGCCUGCCUCAUGCACAAGGUGGUGCCCACAGGCCACUCCUACUCGAUGCUGCGCAGCAGCAAGACGGUGAAGACGCAGUGGCACGCCUCCUGGCAGCAGCGGGGCAUCCACUUUGCCAAGAGCCACGUGGGCAUGGCGCUGCAGGCGUACGAGGACGGGCUGCUGACCAGCGAGGCCCUGCAUCGCGUGUGCAUCGCCGCCGCCGCCGACUUCCGCCGCGUGUGGGCGCGGUACGGCGAGCGCCACGCGGGGCGCAACCUGGGCAAGGCGCUCAAGCACCUCAACGCGGACCUGCGUGCCGCCAACUACGUGCUGCCGCCGCGGCUGCAGGUGCCGCCGCUGGCCAUCCCGGGGCUGGCGGAGGGCGAGUCGCUCAAGGGCAGCCGCCUGCCGCCGCCCUCGCCGGCCCGCUCAGAGGCACUGUCAGACAUGUCUGGCUUUGGCUUUGGGCAGGCAGUGCUCAGCUGA